UCUUAACACAUGUACAUAGAUCAGUGUCAUUAAUUCUGUUUGAGUUUAUAGCAUUACCAAUAUUCUCUUUUAUAUAAUCCCCCACCUUUUAUUUCAUGAAACCAAAGAAUUCCCAUCACAAAAACAAAUGAUAGAGUCCAACAUGAUCAAGAACAUCAUAUUCUCUUCACCUAGAUGGUUGUAUUCCCAUUUAUGGUUCUCAGACAUAGCCAUGGGGCUGUUCAUUAUCUACAUCGUCAACUCCAUACUUCAUAGACUCGUGACAAAGGGUCCUAUGAUAUGGCCAGUUUUUGGAAUACUUCCGACGGUAGCCUUACAUACCUCUAAUCUUUAUGAAUGGGGUAGUGAUGCUUUGAUAAAAAGUGGAGGAACAUUUUACUAUAGAGGUAUGUGGAUGGGUGGUACUUUUGGGAUUGUCACAAGUGAUCCUGAGAAAAUCGAAUACAUGCUCAAGACAAAUUUCAAGAACUUCCCUAAAGGGACAGCUUAUAAAGAAAGAUUUUAUGAUUUUCUUGGAGAUGGGAUUUUUAAUGCCGACGAUGAGUUGUGGAGGCAGCAACGUCGUGUGGCUAAUUCUGAGAUGCAUUCAACUCGCUUCCAACAGUUUUCCAUGAACUCUAUCAAAGCACUGGUGCACAGAAAGUUAUUGAAGCUUUUAGAAGCUAAAAAAGGGACUGUAAUUGAUUUGCAAGAUGUGCUUCUCCGUUUUACUUUUGACAAUACUUGUUCAGUGGCAUUUGGUGUUGAUUCAGGGUGUUUGGAAGUUGGAUUACCAGAAACCCCAUUCGCAAAGGCAUUUGAGAAAGUCACUUUUGCGAGUUUGAUGAGGUUCUUGGUCCCUCGAUACGUGUGGAGGCCAAUGAAGUAUUGGACAUUAGGGUUUGAGCAAACACUGCAAGAUGCUGUUAAAAUUGUACAUGAUUUUGCUGAGAAAACAGUAAGAGAAAGGAAGAUGGAAUUAUUAUCUAACAAGGAGGGUAUAAAGGAUACUUCAAGGUGUGAUCUUUUAUCAAGGCUUAUAAUCAUGGAACAAGAUAAGGAAGAAGUAUUUUUUAAUGAUAAGCUGCUUCAAGAUUUUUGUAUAAGUUUCAUUUUAGCAGGCAGGGACACAAGCUCAGUGGGAUUAUCAUGGUUCUUUUGGUUAAUUACCAAAAACCCAUCUGUAGAAACUCGAAUUCUUGAUGAAAUUCAUAGCAUCUUACGACAACGAGUAUAUUUAAAUGAAGAAAAUCAAGAAGACAUAGUAUUUACAGAAGAAGAACUGAAGAAAAUGGUGUACUUACAAGCAGCAAUAUCCGAAUCUUUACGCUUAUACCCUCCUGUCUCAUUUGACCACAAACAGCCUCUAGAAGAUGACGUUUUUCCCGAUGGAACCAUAAUAAAAAAGGGUGCCCGAGUAGUAUAUUGUAUGUACGGCAUGGGUAGGAUGGAGAGUCUUUGGGGUAAAGACUGCCGUGAGUUUAGGCCCGAAAGGUGGAUCAAAGAUGGUGAAUUUGUGAGCGAAAGCCAAUUCAAAUAUGCCGUGUUCAAUGCUGGUCCAAGGUUAUGUGUGGGAAAAAAGUUUGCAUACAUGCAAAUGAAAAUAGUGGUUGCUUCUAUUUUAUUAAGGUAUAGAUUGAAAUUGGUUGAAGGGCAUAAAGUAUGUCCAAAACUAAACACUACACUUUACAUGAAGCAUGGGCUAUUGAUCACAAUGGAGCCUAGGCCAAUGUUUACAAAUUGAUUUGCUAAUUGCUUCCUUUUGCUUUUAUUAUAAUGGUUAUCAAGUUAUUUGGAUUAUUAAUUGGGGUUCAUAUGUUAUACAUAUCAU